AUGUUCAUGCUCGCAUCAUUACAGAUGUGGGAGGAGGCACGAAUUGUGCUAUGCGUGUGUGAUGACCGUGACACCACCCCAGGCAUUUGUCAGCUUCUUGAUGUCAUCAUGACCUGCAACAUCCUGUGUGGCAUGGCUUGGAGUAGUGUGGGGACUGUGCGCACGGCUGUGAAACAGCUUCCUCAUCCCGCAGACGUCAAAUCCUGUGCCUGUGCCCAUACCAUCGCUCGUACUGAGCAGACUGACCGCAAAUCCACCGGUGGUAAAGCAUCCAGGAAACAACUGGCUACAAAAGCCGCUCGCAAGAGUGCGCCCUCUACUGGAGGGGUGGAGAAACCUCAUCGUUACAAGCCAGGUUCUGUGGCACUCUGUGAAAUCAGACGCAAUCAGAAGUCUACUGAACUUCUGAUUCGCAAGCUCCUCUUUCAGUGUCUGGUCCAAGAAAUUGCUCAGGACUUCAAAGCAGAUCUGUGCUUCCAGAAUGCAGUUAUUGGUGCUUCGCAGGAGGCAACUGAGGCCUAUCUGGUUGGCCUUUUUGAAGAUACCAACCUAUGUGCUAUCCAUGCCAAACGUGAAACGAUUAUGCUAAAAGAUAUCCAGCUAGCACGCUUCUUCCUGUUAUCAGUAGUUCUGAAUGUUAGAUAUUUUUUCCAUGGGGUCAAAGAGAAGGGUAGCUACUACCCAUCAUCAAAGAAGGAAAAGGGACCAUUACUGACCAUCGCAGGUGGACACAAAAGGGACCAUUACUGA